AUGCCGUCGAGCCCACUCAAAGACACCUUGGUCUUCGAUCCAAUCCAGGUCGGCCCCGUGACGCUCUCCAACAGAAUAGUCUAUUGCCCUACCACCAGAUUCAGAGCAGCGCAGACCCCAAAUGAACAAAGCCACCACAUGCCCUCGGACCUCAUGCUCGAAUACUACACGCAACGCGCACAGUACCCGGGCACGCUUCUCGUCACGGAGGCCACCUUCGUCAGCCGUGCCGCUGGCGGAUACGAUGGCGCACCCGCGAUCGCUACACCCGACGAGACUCGCGCCUGGCGCAAGAUUGUCGAUGCUGUGCAUCAACGAGGCAGUUUUUUGAGCUGUCAAGCUUGGUUCUUGGGUCGAGUUGCCGAUGCGCGCGUCUUGAAAAAGGAAGGGCAGAAGUUGGUUGGGCCUAGUGCCUUGUACCCCGAUGGGCGCUCUAAGCAUAUUGCCCAAAAAGCAGGGUUGGAGAUUGAGGCGUUGACGCAGGAUGAAAUCGACAGGAUCAUUCACGUGGAUUUCACAGUGGCGGCGCAGAAUGCCAUGAGCGCCGGGUUUGAUUUCUUUGAGUUGCAUGGAGCGCAUGGAUAUUUGUUGGAUACUUUCUUGCAUGAAAAUACCAAUUUGCGCACUGAUAAGUACGGUGGCCUGAUUGAGAACCGCGCGCGGUUCAUCUUGGAGUUGAUUGACCAUUUAAGCACCGUGAUCCCCGUGGAGAAAUUGGCGAUUCGGUUAUCGCCCUGGGCUGAGAUCCAGGGUGUUGAAGAACAGACGAGCCCCAUCCCGCAGUUUUCGUACUUGUUGGACCAGUUGCAGAAACGAGCCAACGCGGGCAAACAAUUGGGGUACGUUUCCGUGGUCGAGCCUCGUGUUCAGGGAGUCGUGACUGCCGACAUGAGCACCAUGAAGGGGAACAACGAGUUUGUGGACCAAGUUUGGAAGGGUAUCGUGUUGAGAGCCGGCAAUUACACGUAUGAUGCGCCGGAAUUCAACCAGAUCAAGCACGAUGUCAGCAAUGGGCGCACCUUGGUUGGUUUUUCGAGGUUCUUCAUUUCGAACCCGGACUUGGUUUAUAAGUUGAGGGAUGAUCCUAUGAGUUUGGUCAAGUAUGACCGGGAGUUGUUUUAUCAGCCUUAUAAUUGGGGGUACAACACUUAUGACGGCGGCCAUUAUGAUGAAGAACAAGAGAAACAGAGAUACGCCAAGGCCAUUGGCCACGGCGAUGCCAAUUUAUAG